AUGACAGACUUCAAACUACAUGAGACACAAGAAAACCGAGUUAUACCUCAAACAGUAUAUGCAGCAGACAAAAUUGGUGUGCUCGGACGUUCGCCGUUGUUAGUCAAAGCGAUCUGGGAGCCAAAAAUACUCAUGAUCACAAAUACACAGGCCAAUCAAGCCCGACAGAUCAAGGAGUGGGGGAUUUUCCCCAGAGUAGACUAG